AUGGCUCCGGGCUGGGCCGUGCUGGUGCUGCUGGUGCUGAGCACCCUGCGGGCGGGCGGGGCCGCACCGCAGCACCAGGGUGUGCAAUGGGUCUGGGGGGUGCAGGAUGAGGCCCCGCUGCUCUCCCGUGGGAAGAGGGACGAUGUCGGGAAGCAGCUCAGUGCCCCCACACCGGGACAUGGCCGCGGUGCCACCGCGGUGCCCCUCAGCAAUGAGACCGAUCCCCUUGAGCCCAGCCCACUUGUGGGCUCUGCACCAUCACCAGCAGCACCCAGCACCAACGCCAGCCUGUACUGGGCACUGGUGAUGCCAACCACAGCCAAUGCCCUGGAUGAAACCGAUUCCCCUGAGCCUGACCCAUUGCCGAGCUCCGCAGCACCACCAGCAGCACCCAGCACCAGUGACAGCCUGCACCAGGCACCAGCAGUGCCAACCACAGCCGAUCCCCUGGAUGAGACCGAUACCCCCAGACCCGACCCAUUGCUGAGCUCUGCACCACCACCAGCACCCAGCACCACCACCACCAGGCUGCACCGGGCACUGGUGGUGCCAACCACAGCCGAUCCCUUGGAUGAGACCGAAUCCCCUGAGCCCGACACGCUGCUGCCAGCAGAGCCGGGCACACAGGCAGCACCCGACCAGGGCAUCACCACCAUCCCCAUCCGGUUCGUGUCACCCAGCGAGGAGGGGACAGCGCCCAUUGGCACAAACAGCUCCUCCACGGGGCCACACUCAGCGACAGCCCCAGCCCCCGGUGCCACCACCACCGGGUACAAGGGAGCCGGAGCUCGCCCCGUGCCGACCCAUUGGGACUCGCAGCCGUGGGGGACGACGGAGCCGGUGCCCUGGGACCCCAGCGGGAUGCUGGGCGGGUGCCUGCUGAGCAUCCUGCUGCUGGCGCUGGUGGCCGCCACCUUCAUGGUGUGCACGGCGGUGCUGGGCGCGCUCCUGUGGCGCCGGCGGCGCACGGCUCAGCGCCGGCUCAGCCGCACCGAGAUGCUCUGCAUCCCCUCGCUGAUGCCCGACGGCGACGGAGCCACCCACGGCCCCCGACCCGCACUGGUCCGGCCCCCGAGGAUGCUGCUCGACGGAGGCCCCGAGGCCGAUGGGGACAACCUGACUCUGAGCAGCUUCCUGCCCGAGCACGCCUGA